UCUGUUGUUUCUACUUUACAACUGUGGACACAGUCACUCCUUACUGAACAGAGUAAAAUCUAAAGUUUGGCGUACUGUAUCUAGUUUUCCUUCCUGGUUUGUGCAAGAUGGAGGAGGAGAAGAAGGUAAAGAAGUUGGGGUUGAACCCUUUUGCAAAGGAGUUCAAACCUUCAAAUCCAACUGAAGUGAUGGAGAGGGUUUUAUUAGAAGAUGAGUUCCACAAACUUGUUACUCAUGAACAGAAGAACAUCAUGUAUCUGCGGAGAGAGUUUGAUGAUAAUAUUAACAAAUGGGUUAAGGUUCCGCUCCCUUCAUUACCUUUCAUUAUUCUCAGAUUUUCUGGGAAUACCUCUUUGAUCAUCCGAAAUAUCCCAAAUCGAAUAAGUAGGAAGAUGUUGAUUCAGUUGCUAGAUAAGCAUUGUGAGGAACAGAACAAGAAGAUAAUGGGAUUAAAGAUUAAUCCUCCAAUUCUUCUCUCUGAAUUUGAUUUUGUGUAUCUUCCUGUAGAUUUCAAAUCCAAUCAGAACAAAGGUUAUGGGUUCGUGAACUUCACAAGUACUGCUGGAGCUUUUCGGUUCUUUAGAGCUUAUGACAUGCACAAAUGGGAUAUUUUCCACUCAAGGAAGACCUGUGAGAUUGAUUUUGCUGACAUUCAGGGAAGGGAAAACUUGGCGAAACAUUUCAUGAAAUCCACUUUCAUAUGUGAUACAAAUGCCUACUUGCCGGUGCAGUUCUCCCCUCCUCGCAAUGGCUUCUUGUCCCAGCAACCUACCAUUGGAACUAUUGGAAAAGUAAUCGUUCCAUUUCGGAAGUGUGUGGAAGUUGCUCCUUCUGAUUAGAUCCUAACCAUCCACCGACAGUUUCAGGCCAAACUCAGAAAAAACCAAAAGAGGAUACCAAAAGGUUUUAGGUUAGAAGAAGAAAAAAGGUGAUGAUUAGGGGUUUUUCCUUUUUUUGGGUAAUCUAUGAGAUGUGAUAUAGCUAGUCAUGAUUAGGGUUUUUUUCCUUUUUUUGGGUAAUCUGUUGAAGAUGAAGGGUGAGGACACCCGUGUUUUGGUUCUAUCCGCAAGUGGGUUUCAUUGGCAAUUAUGGAUGCCAAUGAUGCACUGCACUGGGGAAGGAAGUGGAAACAUGGGAGAGAUCCUGUAGUAGUUGAAAAGUCUCCUCUAAUUAUUGUUCUUGUUCUAGCUUAGUAGUAGUGUAAGUAAUGUGUAAUCUGAAAAGGAGUUCUCU